AUGGCUUCUAAGUUGAAAGACAUUGUGAGGAUUAAUCCUCAAGUGUUUUUAGGUUCUAAGGUGGGAGAGGAUCCACAAGAAUUCUUAGUUGAGGUGUAUAAUAUAGUGGAUGCUAUGAAAUUUACCUCUAGAGAAAAUACGAAGUUGGCUUCCUAUCAAUUGAAGGAUGUUUCUCAAGUUUGGUUCACUCAAUGGAAGGCCAAUAGGCCGGUAGGAGCGGAUAUUAUAGCAUUGAAGGAGUUUAAGGAAGUUUUCCUUGGUAGGUUUUUCCCACGUGAGAAACGAGAAGAUAAGGUAGAGGAGUUUAUCAACCUUAGGCAAGGUAACAUGAGUGUACAAGAGUACUCCUUGAAGUUUACUUAA